AUUGAGUAGUUAAGGGGAUAAAAGUGCAAAUUAGCCUACAUAAUCAGCCAGCGCUCCCUUGGGAGGGAUUUUCCCAAACAAGAUCUCUCCCUCCCUCUCUCUCUCUCCUCACUGAGAAGUUCUCCGCCAAGCACCAAGGAAUUGAAGAAUUUCAGAAGGCAGAAGAUAUGGCUGAUUCAGGUUCAUCUGAGAAGUCCACGAAUGAUUUCCCUACCUUCAAUGCUGAGAAUAUGCAGAACAAUAUGAAAGCUAUCUAUUACAGCCGAACAUUUAUGUCCAUCAUUGGUGGGGUUAUUGCUGGAAUUUUGGGAUUUACUGGCUUGACUGGAUUUGUCUUCUAUUUCCUUGUCAUGGUAAUUACUUCAAUAGGACUCAUGGCAAAGGCUGGGUUUACGAUCCAUUCCUACUUUGAUUCGUGGAGCCAGAUUAUAUUUGACGGCAUUCUGGGUGGGCUUAUGUCGUUCGUGCUGUUUUGGACGUAUCCUCUUUUAUUUUCGCAAGACUAUUCAUUUUAUUUUUAACCCAUAAUAAGAAUGUGUAGGUGCAAACCCCAUUUAUCUUGACAAUGUGAAAAGCCAUCAAAAUAACAUAGAUCUUGUGUUUAAAUCAUAAUUCGUAAAAUUCUACAUUUUCUGACAUCUCUAAAACAACGUCAAUUUACCAUCGAAAGGUCGUAGAAAUCAGGUCCUCUAGUCAUUGGAUUAGUUAUAUCUUUAUGGUUUUGUGAAUGAGGUUGGACUUUUCCUGUUUGUACUGGUUUUUGACUAUCAAAUGUUGUGCGUGUACACACAUGCUCCAAGGGUCGGGCGUCAAUAUAUGUUGCUUCUGGUUGAGCAAUGUUUUACUGCUCUGGAACUUAAUGAAACAUGCUCAUAGCAUAGCAUAGGAAUUUCCCACUAACUGGUUGCAUCAGAGCUGCUGAUUUUUUUCCUGAUACUGCAUAUCUUAGCAAUAUUUUAAAGUCUCGGAAAAAAUCUGGCCUGCCAGUUUAUGUGAAGUCUUGAAGCCUGAGAACAUUUAUUUUUCACUUUUAACGCUAAAUGUUAUGCUACACUGCCACUUUCCUUGACACGUCCAAAGAUUUGCUUAUGACAUUGUGCAUAUAUUUUGAGGAGAGAACUAGCCACAUCUUGCCUGGAAUAGAGGGGAGACAAUGCUGUCUCUACUGGCUGCUGAUUAAUGUGUUCAACUUCAAAAAUUUGCCACGCUUCUUGUAGGUUGAAGAUGGGGCAACCUUUUCGGAUUUGGUCAACUUGUGUUUGUAUUGAUUUUUAGUCAUUUAAGCAUUCAUAUUUUCUGUUUCUACAAUGAUUGUCUGGCUGGAGACAAAUUGUAAGUUUGGAUUUACGAACUUGGGGAGCUGAAAGCCAAGCAUAAUCGACGUUAGCUUUGUCAGUUUUUUAGUUUCAGAGGUGAUGAAGGUAUGGCAUAAGCAUAGUGGACAAAUGUUCUUAUUGUGGUAGUCUAAUGUUUGUUCCAGUUC